AUGGCUGCUCAAUCCGAGGACCACCAGAUGGAGGGCGUCGAGAACCCCGCCCAGGUCGCCGACAAGGGCAAGGGCAAGGCGCCUGACGCUAUGGAGGAGUCCGCAGAGGACGACUCCAGCGAUGAGUCCGGCAAUGAGGCUGAGGUUGUUGAGGAGCCUGAGGAUGAAGACACCAUGGCGGAGAUCGACCCCACCAACAUCGUCGGAAGCCGCACGCGUGGAAAGAACAUCGACUUCGCCAAGGCUGCUGAGGAGCUUGGUGAAGAUGAGGAUGAGGACGACGAUGAGGACUUCAACGAUCCUGACGAUGAGAUGAAGGACUAG